GAGGCAGGAAAAGUUUUUUCAGAGGAAAACGCAGGGUUUGUCCUUAACUCUGACGUCAGAUCGUGCUUUAAUAAAACCCCCCCCAGGGCUGUGGGAAGAGGCAUAUCUGCUGCUCCUGAUGGGCCAGGCCAGUCUCUCGGCCCAGCUCCCCGGAGAGGCGGCCGGAUCCUCUGGGCUGCUCGGUCGAUGCCUUUGCCCCUGACUUCCAGGCAUGAGGUGGUUCCUGCCCUGGACGCUGGCAGCAGUGACAGCAGCCGCCGUGGGCGGCGCCCUGGCCACGGCCUCCUCUCCAGCCCCCACGGCCAUGGCCUUCACCCCAGUGCCACUGGAGGAUACAUCUUCACGCCCCCAAUUCUGCAAGUGGCCAUGUGAGUGCCCGCCGUCCCCACCCCGCUGCCCACUGGGGGUCAGCCUCAUCACAGACGGUUGUGAAUGCUGUAAGAUGUGUGCUCAGCAGCUCGGGGACAACUGCACAGAGGCAGCCAUCUGUGACCCCCACCGGGGCCUCUACUGCGAUUACAGUGGGGACCGCCCGAGGUACGCAAUAGGAGUGUGUGCACAGGUGGUCGGCGUGGGCUGCGUCCUGGACGGGGUGCGCUACACCAACGGCCAGUCCUUCCAGCCCAACUGCAAGUACAACUGCACCUGCGUGGACGGCGCCGUGGGCUGCACACCCCUGUGCCUGCGCGUGCGCCCCCCGCGCCUCUGGUGCCGUCGCCCCCGGAGGGUGAGCGUCCCCGGCCGCUGCUGCCAGCAGUGGGUGUGCGACCAUGACGCCAGGAGGCCUCGCAAGACAGCGCAGCGCCACACUGGCACCCUAGCGGCUACAGGUGAGGCGGAGCCCUGGCACAGGAACUGCCUCGUCUACACGAGCCCCUGGAGCCCCUGCUCCACCACCUGCGGCCUGGGGGUCUCUACUCGCAUCUCCAACAUCAACAGCCGCUGCUGGCCCGAGCAAGAGAGCCGUCUCUGCAACCUGCGGCCCUGUGACAUGGACAUCCGUCCACACAUCAAGGAAGGGAAGAAGUGUCUGGCCGUGUACCAGCCAGAGGCACCCAUGAACUUCACUCUCGCGGGCUGCAUCAGCACGCGCUCCUACCGGCCGAAGUACUGCGGGGCCUGCGCGGACAGCAGAUGCUGCAACCCCUACAAGUCCAAGACCAUCGACGUCUCUUUCCAGUGUCCCGAUGGGCCUGGCUUCUCCCGCCAGGUCCUAUGGAUUAAUGCUUGCUUCUGCACCCUGAGUUGUAGGAACCCCAACGAUAUCUUCGCUGACUUAGAAUCCUACCCUGACUUCUCAGAAAUUGCCAAUUAGGCAGGCACAAAACAUGGGGCUUGGGGCCUGGCCCCAUGUUUGCAAAGCAGCCAGCCCUCUGAGGCCCACAGUUGAGCCUUCUUUGUCCACCUCCCACUGACUUCUAACUAUCCUGAUCCAGAUCCUUGGCCCCCCUUCCUGUCUCCAACCACCCGAAUGAUCCACUAGGGUGCUGCUCGGGCCCAGACGAUGAGUCCCUCUCCUUGGCAGCAUGCUGCCUACACUCCAGAGAAAGUGCCCGUCUCCACCGAUUCUGGACCAAACCCAAGCUUGUCCAAGUCACUGGAAGUCUUGCUGGAUCUUGCCGGAGUCCCGAGGAGCAGAGUCAAUAAGGCAUUUAAUACCACUCAUUCCCGUUCUCGAUGCCAAGCCACAAGACUCUUUGGGUCCAUUCAGAGGGACAGAUGGGAUUUAGGGCACUGGAACAGUCUAUCAUCUGGGCCCUGCCAAGGGGCACGCUGAUAGACAGUUCUGACCAUAGCACACCCAAGUGUCUCUGAUUCCAAAGAUUUGGGUACCCUAAGGUCACCAAAUAUUUGCCAAGUGAGGUAAACGGUUGUUUGAUUUUGAUCUUUAAUGGAAAACUGUGUUCGUUAACCCAGGCUUUGUGGAGGUUAAGUCCCUCUUCAUCCCUGCCCUGUAAAGGGUACAAAUUGGGUCCAUUUCCGUCAGAAAUGCAAUUUGAUAACUUUCAUUCUUAUUCAUGGGCAAAGGCUCCAGUCAAUAUUGCAGGGUCAGAGCAAGGUCAGCCAGUUUCAGAAGAAGUGACAGACCCUGGCUGGAACGUGCUGCUGACCCCCAGGACACAGGGCAGCUGGCCAGCUCCACUGCGUGUCCAGACCCUGUCCCUGCUUGGGGGCUCAUGGGAGUUGGAGGAGCCCCUGUGAUGGCCCCCGCGACCCCUGAGAGUGGCAUCCUGGAACAUUCUUCUGCUCUUGCGGAGUCCUGGGAGACCCAGCUGACGUCCGGGCCAGACCCACUUGAAAUAACUGGCAUGGUUGCAGUCUGUAUGUGGGUCAAACCAAGAAGUGAAUCGCAACAGGGCCAGGUCACAUCCUGGGCGCAGGAUACCUCUCUUUCUGCCAUAGUGACCCCUUCCAGAGACUUCGGGUCUGUUGACCCAAACAACCCAGUUCUGGUGUGAAGACAGAGGCUUACCAGUUGUUUAGAAACAGAAAUACAUUUAACAGGGAUUAAAAGCCAUAAAGGGAGUGGGAGCUUAAAAGGAACGAGGCUAUUAUUUAUCUUAUUAGUAGAAUAUAAAUAUUUACUGUCACAAUUCUUUCAUUUAGUACCUUUUGUGUACCAGACCUAGUUCUCAGUGCUUUAUCCACAUUAGCUCGUGGAGAAGCUUUGUAAUCAUGCAGAAAAGUCCCAUUAUUAUUUCCGUUCUUACAAAUGUGAAAUGGAAGGUCAGAGAGGUAUGGAGCCUUGACCAAAGUCACCCAGCUGGUGAGUGGAGGACCAGGAAUUCUAACCCAAGUCCAGCUGACUUUCUAACCCACAUUGUUGCCCCUACGCUUAGAGCUUCCAAAGGGGUCGAGCAGGAAAACACGUCGGCAUCACCGACUUCACGCUCUCGUUUUUCACUCUUUCUACUGUGUCUCUGGUUCCUUUCCCAAGAGAAGAGUAUCUGACUUUCAGAUAAUGUAGGUGCCCGAGCAUCCAAAAAUGUAUGGGCUAGACAAAAACCCACGAUCCCCUACUGACCCCCGCCCCGAGUCAGAAGCAGCUCUCAUCGUGCAUUUAAAAGAUGAUUCUGUGUACCCAGUGCUGAGGAUGAGGGAAUUCUGGGUGGUGUGCAGAGGGAUUCUGGGGGAGGACAAAAGGACUGGGAAGGUGCCCUCCUGAAUGUGACCUCCCACGUGCUUGGCCCAGUCCGAGCCAUACAGUGGGGCUUAUCAUGUAUUUGAUGAAUAAAAGAAACUAUGUAUGUUUCCCUA